AAUCACCCUCUGAUUUAAACCCACUUCAAAAUUGAUUGCAUUGUGUUCAGUGUGAUCCCGUAUGAUCCAGCCAGCGCAAUAAAGAUUAACAACUCAAAUAGUGACAUGAAGGACAGAUUGGACAAAUUAUUUCAAUUAGCUUCCUAUUCUGUUUUACAAUCAGUGUAUGAAUCUCAAUCUCAUUUAUAUCAAUCUAAGAUUGGUUUUCAUGCAUGAAUACAGCAUGAGCUGCAUAAAGAAAAUGUGCACAGCUAAUAUUGAAGGAAGUCAGUGAGAAGAAAUGUUGUGGAGAGAGGAAACCGCAUACGGCAUGAGUGUCAUCCUUUCCUCUGCUCUGUCUACUGAGCUUCUAUCCAUGUGUCUGGGAAAAAUGCUUCUGCUGCGGUGUACUGUGAUAUUUGCAUGCUUAUGGAGAGACACCCACGCCACCUCUCCCAUUCCCUCCAUCCCAGUGGAGGAUGUCCGUGCCCUGGCAGGCUUUUGUGCAGUCAUACCCUGCUCCUUCACUCCCCCUAAGUCCACCUUUCCCAGGCAUAGAGAGGUGGUGGACGUGAGGCUGCGCCACUGGACAAGGCAUUUCUUCCCGCUGUGGACUACAGCUUUCAGCACACAGGACCGAUCUGCGUCACCACUGGGGGACACCGCCAAGGGAGACUGUUCUGUGCUGAUCAAGGAGGUCACCCUGGAUGACUCCCGUGUCUAUGAUCUGUCCCUGAAGGGCCGUGAGGAGAAGGACUGGGGGAGGGGCAGGAGCGUCAACCUUAUUGUGUCAAAAUCCCCAGAUCCCCCAGUUAUCAGCAGUACGGGGCCGGUGACAGAUGGACAGGUGGUGUCCCUAAACUGCAGCACCAGUUACUCCUGUCCCUCAAAAGCCCCCACCCUUCAGUGGCAGUGGGAGACAGGGACCCCAGUGAACCACAGCGAGUACAGGGAGGCACUGGCCCCGAAGCCCCAUGACCAGAGUCUUAACGUAUGGUCCUCUCUCACCUUCACCGCAUCCCACCGAAUCAAAUCCAAAGUCAAAUGUGAGGCAGUAUAUCCAGGAGACAAGAAAUCGUUUGUGUUAAUGGAGCUCCAUGUGUCAUUUCCUCCAAAAGACGUCUUGGUCCACAUCCAUACCUUUACUGUCCAGGAGGGGGCAAACGCAUUGCUGUCCUGUUCUUGUAAAGCAGACCCUCCCGUGUCACAGUAUAAGUGGUCCUACACCCAACAUGGGCUGACUGUUAACCUCCCCGAGCGCACGCACACGGUCCGAGUGUUCAACGUGACCCGUGAUAUGACGGUCCGCUGCACGGCACAGAACCUAAUUGGACGGGCAGAGUCCAAACCUACAUCCCUAAACAUUAAAUACAAGCCUGUUAUCCUUCCGGUCUCCUCCUCCUGUGUCAUUGAGGGCUUGGUGGUUCUGUGUCGCUGUUCUGUGGACUCCAACCCGCAGUCUGCGGUCACCUGGAGCGUCAACGAGAGUGUUCCACCAUAUGAUUAUAACACAUCAGUGAGUUUGAAAAAUGGCACCCUGACAGCCCAGCUAAGGGGGCACGUGCAUGCCCCACUGAGGGUGGUCUGCUUUGCCAUCAAUGCGCUGGGCAACGACUCGCAAACACUGAUUCACACAGAGGAGGGUUUCUUUCCCUGGAGAGUGAUACGCGCAGUGGGCAUCUCCCUGGUCGCCUUCCUCUUCUUACUAGUUCUCCUGUUCUGCUGUCGACGAAAGAGGGGAAAACGUAGGCUGACCUGCAGACCUUCAGUACACCCCGAAGGCAUGGGGAUAUACCAGGAUCGGAUGCCCCUUUACAUCAACUGCACUGAGGUCACACAUAUCUACACCAAUGGCAGCUACCAGCUGGUCUAUCAGAACUGCACUCCUUGCUUCGUCAGGACCAAACAGACUCGUCCAAUAGGGAGGCGGGGAGGGGAAAGAAGAGGAGCAGAGAGGCGAGGUGAGAGAGGGGUGGAGAGAAGAGGAGGAGAGAUUCCAGGGGGCAUGGCGGACAGAGAACUGAGAGACAGACAGAGCCCUACGACCAGCGAUACUAACACCGAAACAGCUAUCUACCUGGAGAUCCUCUGAGUUCAUCUGUCAGGGAUCCACAUCAUGAGUGUCUUUGGUCCAGAUUGUUAUUGCUUGGAAAACCGGUGCUUGCAGAGACCAAAGCUACAUCAUGGAGUGAAGACAGUGUCUGUGUUAUCAGACAAAAUGCAAUGUGCACAACUGCUUGACUGAUAACAAUAAAUACCUAAUUAUAUCCUAUCCAUUUAAUAAUUUGAGUUAAUACACUUAUGAAGUUAUGUUGUAGAAUGAUACCAAAUGGGAUAAGACACAUGAUUAUUCAUGACAAGAUGAUUACUGCAUACACCGAUCAGCCAUAACAUUAUGACCACGGACAGGUGAAGUGAAUAACACUGAUAAUCUCGUU